CACGUGCCUUUUGGACAGUAUCAGUGCUUUGAAAUUUGCCGGUUGUUCAAGUUGUCGUACGAGUCGUUCAAUUUUUUAAUACCUAAAAUUAAAUCGCAAAAAUGAAUUCCUUUUCGGUUUUAGCUAUCGUGUUGUGUGCUUUUGUCUGCUACACUUGUGCGCAAGGAGGGCAACAAGGGCAAACCUCAUAUACCACCAGAUACGAUAAUAUCAAUUUAGAUGAAAUUUUAUCGAGUAAAAGGCUCGUUAAUAAUUAUGUUCAGUGCUUAGUCAACGGAAAACCAUGCUCUCCUGAAGGAUUGGAAUUGAGAAGAAUAUUACCCGAUGCUUUGAAAACCAAAUGCGCCAAAUGUUCGCAAAAACAAAAAGAAGGUGCAUUGAAGGUUAUCCAAACUGUACAAAAAGAUUACCCAGAAGAUUGGAAGAAAUUGGUUGCCAAAUGGGAUCCCAACGGUGAAUACUUCAAAGCUUUCCAACAAGAAGUAGCUGCUGGAAGAUUAUAAGCGUUGAUACGUAAACGUUUCAAUUCUCAAUUUUGAUUUCCUAUUUGAAAAUGAAAUCUGCAUUUCUAUACUUUAACGUAUUUUUUAAAAAGAAUUUUUCGAGUACCUACACCAUAUUUGAAUGAUGUUAUUGCAUUUUUUUUUUUAAAUUCCUGUUUUUGAAAUUGAUCAUUAUAAUGAAUACCUACCUGUUUGAACCAUUUUUUUUAUCACGUAAUUUUAAGGAUAAUUUAAUUGUGAUAUAAUUUAUUCCUAAAUUGUAAUAAAUUGACAUUUUUUUUGAAAA